AUGUCUCCCUUCGACGGUGGUUCCUUCGACGGUGAUGACACCGCGCCUCUUCCCUCUUCUCGUCGCAUCUUCUCUCUCAAUGUUUCUUUCCGAGUGUGUGCUUGUGUGAAAGUGAGAUUAAUCCAUGGGGAAGUGACAUGCUUAGAGAAUGAGAGGCAAGCACUCCUCCGCUUCAAAGAAGGCAUAAAAGAUCCUUGGGACGUGCUGUCAACAUGGAGGGACGAUGAUUGUUGCAAAUGGCAGGGAAUUACAUGCAGCAACCAAACUGCUCAUUAUUUGGAUCUGAGCUACAAUGGUCUUGAUGGAUUUAUCCCAUAUCAACUCAAACACUUGAGACAACUACAAUAUCUCAGUCUUCGAGGGUAUCUUGAACUUUCAGGAGCAAUCCCUUUUCAAAGUGGUGAUCUUCCAUUGCUGCACACUCUCAAGCUCGGUGGUGACUUUGAUCUCGAAAGUAAAGAGCUGAGGUUGUCGGAUUGUAGUCUUUCUGAUAAUGAUGUUCAACUUUUGUUUCAUAUUCAUUCUAACUAUUCUUCCACUACUCCCCUUACCAUCCUUGAUUUAUCUGAUAAUAUGUUGACAUCAUCCACAUUUCAGUUGUUGUCCAACCUCAGCUUUCACCUUCGGGAGCUUUAUCUUUCAUCUAAUGAUAUUGUUUUGUCACAAUCUCAUUACCCAAACUUUCCUUCUCUAGUGAGCCUUGACCUUUCUUAUAAUAAUCUCACUUCAUUAGUGUUUCAAGGAAAUUUCAACUUCAGCUCCAACCUUGAAAUGCUUGAUUUGUCAAAUUGCAGUCUUACGGAUACAAGUUUUCUGGUGUCAUCUACUUCCAUUGUGAAUUCUUCAUCUUCUCUUGUUAGCCUUGAUCUCUACUAUAACCUGUUGACAUCAUCAAACAUAUUUCACUGGAUCUUCAACUUCACAGCCAAUCUUCACACCCUUGAUCUUGGUUUCAACUUGUUAGAAGGUCCUGUUCCACUAGGUUUUGACAAAGCAGUGAAAUCUCUUGAAUAUCUCGAUCUCUCUCAUAACAAUCUGCACGGAGAGAUUCCCCAUUUCUUUGGAAACAUUUGCACACUACAAUCACUAUACUUGUCAUAUAACAACUUGAGUGGGGACUUUUCAAGAUUCAUUCAAAAUUCAUCAUGGUGCAACAGACACAUAUUUCAGGAGCUAUAUUUGUCUUACAAUCAAAUCACUGGCGUGAUACCUAAAAGCAUCAGAGUGUUAUCUGAGUUGGAAUAUCUGUCCCUAAAAGGGAAUUCUUUGAAGGGUGAAAUUACUGAAUCACAUCUCACAAACUUUUCCAAAUUAAAAAAAUUGGUGUUGUCUUACAACUCAAUAUCUCUAAAGUUUGUCCCCGGAUGGAUUCCUCCUUUUCAGUUAAUAUAUUUGAGUCUAGCAUCUUGCAAGUUGGGUCCUAACUUUCCAAGUUGGCUACAAAAUCAAAAUCACUUAAGUUUUCUGGAUAUUUCUGAUGCGGGAAUUCAUGGGCCUGUACCAGAGUGGUUUUGGCAUAAGUUCCAAGUUGUAGGAUAUUAUUUGAAUAUGUCCCACAACAAUUUUAUAGGUACUAUGUCAAAUUUACCGCCAAGGUUAUCCGACACCAGAGCAUAUCUAGAUUUGAGUUCAAAUCAAUUUGAGGGUGCAAUUCCAUCGUUUUUGCGGCAGAUUGUUGGGGAUCUGUAA